GGCUAGAGGAGUCACCUGGAGGUGGGCGGUGAUGGAGGCUGGUCUCGGCUGCCUCUUCGUCUCUAUGGUUUUCUGAGGUGGGAGGACUUGACGCAGAAGCAACUGGCGCUUCAGCGGGGACGGGAUGUUUCGUCUUAAGUCACUUUAUGCAUUGGCAGAACUGGCCCUGGGCUCUCGAUGGUACCAUGGAGGAUCACAGCCCACCCAGGUCAGGCGUCGACUAAUGGUAGUGGCUUUUCUGGGAGCAUCUGCAGUAACUGCAAGUACUGGUCUUUUGUGGAAGAGAGCCCUUGCAGAAUCUCCACCAUCUGUAAAAAAGAGUGAAGUUGGUGAUAAAGGAAAGAAUAAAGAUGAAGGGGAAGUUUGUAACCAUGAGAAAAAGGCUGAUGAUACUUGUCCUGAGCUUCAUCCAGAAGAGAAAAAGAAGAAACGUUCUGGAUUCAGAGAUAGAAAAGUAAUGGAAUACGAGAAUAGGAUUAGAGCAUAUUCCACACCAGACAAAAUCUUCCGAUAUUUUGCCACCUUGAAAGUAAUCAGUGAGCAUGGUGAAUCUGAAGUGUUUAUGACUCCACAAGAUUUUGUGCGAUCCAUAACACCCAAUGAAAAACAACCAGAACACUUGGGCCUGGAUCAAUAUAUAAUAAAACGCUUUGAUGGAAAGGCUGAAUUCUACAAAAAGAGAAAGAACCUAUUACACAGGGUCAGAAAGAAAAGUAAAAGGUCAAUUUUAAAGUGGAGGAAGAAAGAAGAAAGAGCCAGGAGUGGUUCUACAAAGCCUAAAGUGAAGGAAAUCAGGAGGCAAAUCAUGCAGUGGCUGGAAAAGAAAAUUGCCCAGGAACGAGAAAAAUUUGCUGAUGAAGGCAGUAUAUUUUACACCCUUGGAGAAUGUGGACUCAUCUCCUUUUCCGACUACAUUUUCCUUACAACUGUUCUUUCUACUCCUCAGAGAAAUUUUGAAAUUGCCUUUAAGAUGUUCGACUUGAAUGGAGAUGGAGAAGUAGACAUGGAGGAGUUUGAACAGGUUCAGAGCAUCAUUCGCUCCCAAACCAGUAUGGGUAUGCGUCACAGAGAUCGUCCUACUACUGGAAACACCCUCAAGUCUGGCUUGUGUUCAGCCCUCACAACCUACUUUUUUGGAGCUGAUCUCAAAGGGAAGCUGACAAUCAAAAACUUCCUCGAAUUUCAGCGUAAACUUCAGCAUGAUGUUUUGAAGCUAGAGUUUGAACGCCAUGACCCUGUGGAUGGGAGAAUUACUGAGAGGCAGUUCGGUGGAAUGCUGCUGGCCUACAGUGGGGUGCAGUCCAAGAAGCUGACUGCCAUGCAGAAGCAACUCAAGAAGCACUUCAAAGAAGGAAAGGGUCUGACAUUUCAGGAAGUGGAGAACUUCUUUACUUUCCUAAAGAAUAUUAAUGAUGUGGACACUGCAUUGAGCUUUUACCACAUGGCUGGGGCAUCUCUUGAUAAAGUGACCAUGCAGCAGGUGGCCAGGACAGUGGCUAAAGUGGAGCUCUCAGACCAUGUGUGUGACGUGGUGUUUGCGCUCUUUGACUGUGAUGGCAACGGGGAGCUGAGCAACAAGGAAUUUGUUUCCAUCAUGAAGCAACGGUUGAUGAGAGGCCUGGAGAAGCCCAAAGACAUGGGCUUCACCCGCCUGGUGCAGGCGAUGUGGAAAUGUGCACAGGAUACUGCCUGGGACUUCGCUUUGCCCAAGCAGUAACCCAAAACAGCAAGAGGGGGCCACCUCCUUACCCCACUACCCUGCCGCUCAAGCAGAGCCUUGGCACGGGCCUUCCUGCUGCUGCUGCUGGAAGUAGUGCUGCCUUCCUUUGGGAAUGAUCUCAGGAUUCAACCCGUUUCCCCUCUCCGUCCUUCCCCUGAUUCUAGGCUCUGAUUCGGCCCAGUGACUCUCCCCAUUGGUUCUCAAAAACAUGAAGUCGUUCUAAACACUCAGACGUUUAGCACCUUCAACAGCACUACCCAUCCAAGCAUAAAGAACGCGUGGACAUUCACAGAUAUCCACCAACCCUGGAAAACACCCAGUUCUCAACUCGUUCUUGCUGUGGAUUUAUAUUAACAAGAACAUUCCUUGCUUUUUCUCCUGCUGGUGCUUUUAAGCUACAAAUUGGGAAAACCUCUGGCAGCAAAAGGAAGUCUGUGAUGAAGAUAGUGAGGAUGCCUGGGCCGCCCUGAGCUGGCAGCAGCCAGGGCCAGAGAAGGGUCUGUGCCCGUCCCCAGCUUGGCUCUGAGGCCUGCUCCCAGGAGGUGAUGUCGCAGUGGGAAUGCAGCAAAUGUGGAAUCUAAAGCAGCUGCUUGCUGGGUCUCCCUUCUUUUGCUCUCAGGCUCCGUAAGAAGACUCCACCGCAACCCUGUGUAGUGAGCAGCAGUGACUGAGUUCAUGUUCCCUGCAGGUGCCAUUCCUCCUCCAGGACUGCCUCUGAAGCUGAGGCCUGCUCGGAACCCCUCUGCCCUCCGCACUUCAAUAAUAAGUUUGCGACAAACCCUCCAAA